UUGUGGCUAGCUCGCUACCGAGGAAGGCAGUGCUCCCGACAUCUGCUCCUCGGACGCUACCCCGAAGCGAAGUCUGUCCGCCCGCGCACAACUCGGACCCUUUGCAGUGUGUUUCCUCUACAUUCUUUGAAGAGUGGUGCCCCUCACUGGCGGAGAGCUGCCCCCGUGCUCGGUGAAGUCCAGAUGCAUGAGUCUGGGUCAGAACCAACAAGCCACUUCAUUCCAGCCAAUCAGACAGAGAACGGGAAUAAUAGUGAGAAUGAGAGUCGAGUGAGGAGCAGCCAGUCUCCUCCUCCAGAGGCACAGAGGUUUCCAGUGUCAGUAUCUAUGAUGACCCCACCAGCAGAGGUCUCUCAGCAGUUGCAACAGACCCCACAGCAGCAGGUCCUCAGCCCUCAGCAGCUCCAGGCGCUUCUCCAGCAGCAAAAAGCCCUCAUGCUACACCAGGUAAUGAUCGUACGCUUUUGUGUUUAUCAUAUCACCCACAUCGAACGCGCUGCUUUUAUUCAUUUUAAUGUUGUAUUCAUCUCUUUAUUUCUGCAGCAACAAAUUCAAGAGGUCUUCAAGAAUCAGCAAGAACAGUUAAAUAUUCAGCUGUUGCAACAGAAGAAUGCUGGGAUUGUGAGUCAAGAGUUGACAGCUCAGCAAAUUGCCAUCCAGCAGCAGCUUCUUCAGGUGCAGCAGCAGCAUCUCCUCAACCUGCAGAGGCAAGGCCUGCUGUCGGUCCUGCCCACCAGCCCCAUGGCACUCACAGGCUGUGACAGUGGCAGCAUCCUGUCUGCCGGUGGAGACGCCAGAGAGUCCUGCAGUCAGCAAUCUACCUCCAACGGUCACCACGCUCUGCUCCAGAGGACAGACAGAGACUCACUGGAGGAGAACACACAGAAUAGCCACGCGCUGUAUGGAAAUGGGAUGUGCAAAUGGCCGGGCUGUGAAACUGUCUUUGGAGACUUUCAGGCAUUUCUCAAACAUUUGAACAGUGAACACACGCUGGAUGACAAGAGCACGGCACAGUGCCGUGUGCAGAUGCAAGUGGUUCAGCAGCUGGAACUGCAGUUGAGAAAGGACAAAGAGCGUCUGCAAGCGAUGAUGGCUCAUCUGAAGUCCUCUGAACCCAAAGCCGCAGCUCAGCCCGGGAAUCUGUUGUCUAACGUGUCCUUCUCUCAGGCGACAUUGCCCAAAGGCUCGCCUCCUAUGAGUCUGUCUCAGAGCGCCACGGCGCCGUCCACGCCCCUGACGCCGCUCUCUGAAUCCCCUUCGGUCCUCACUCCCAAUAGCAUGUUCACUGGAACCCCGGUGCGGCGGCGGUACAGCCGCUCGGUGAGCCAAGGUAACGAUAUAGUUGAUAAUAAGGAGUUCUACUUGAGCACAGAAGUUAGACCUCCAUUUACAUAUGCGUCUCUCAUAAGACAGGCGAUAUUUGAAUCACCUCGCAAUCAGCUGACAUUAAAUGAAAUCUACAACUGGUUCACAAGAAACUUUGCAUAUUUCAGGCGCAAUGCAGCUACCUGGAAGAACGCCGUCAGACAUAAUCUCAGCCUCCAUAAAUGCUUUGUGCGUUUGGAAAACGUGAAGGGAGCCGUGUGGACCGUCGACGAGAUCGAGUUCCACCGGAGGAGGCCCCAGAAGACGGCUGGUAGCGGGUCUCUGCUGAAGAACUCGCAGAACCAUCAGAGCUUAGCCGGGUCUGCUCAUCAGAGUGUCGGUCUCGACGGCAGCAACUCUCUCUACAACCCGGCCUUCAUGGGCAGCAUCCCAUUUCACUCCCUGCCUCAUGUUCUCCAAGAGCAGAUGCACGGAGUCCUCGCCAAUGGAUCUGGAUACCAAAGUGACAGCAGUGCAACGCAGUCCCCUCCUCAAGCUUUCAUUAAAGAGGAACAGGGGGAUGAGGAGAUUUGCGACGGAUAUCCCUACGAGUCCCCGGAGAGCACAGACGAGCAUGGCCACAGCCCAGAGAUGCACCACGAUGAAGACAACGGCAGCCCGGAGAGGCCAAACCUUCACCUCGAUCGUGUGCCGUCUCUCUGACCGCGAGGUCCAAAUUGUCCACUGCAAGGCAGCCUCACUCACAGCCGGUGUGACUUUGUAUUCCAAACGUUUCCUAAAACAACUGCUUCAUCUACUUAACCAAACACUCUCUUCUUGGGGGAAUUUAUUUUCUUUCUUUUUUUUUCCAGCAUUUCUUAUUUGUUGUUGUUAAUCUAGCUUGUGAGAUCACAAAAACUCAUCUGUUCAUGAUUUUUCUUAUUUUUUUAAUAUAUACACACACAUACACAUAUGUAUGUGUAUGUGUGUGUGUAUAUAUAUAUAUAUAUAUAUACACACACACACACACACACACACACACACACACACACACACACACAUAUGAUGAGCAGAGAAGCCAAAGGAAAAGGAACAUUGAUAGCACUUCACAAUGAAACGUUUCCCCCCCUUCUGUAUAGCUACUUCAUGCUAUGUCGGGGCCUCGCUAGCUGAUUUUAUUUUAGUAGUCAUAUUAUAUGAAAAUUUGUAGAAGAAAUAAAAUGUUCUCUGUCAACAUGAUCUGAUAUAUUUGUAUUUAAGGUAAAAUCAAUUGAUGAAAAGAAUGUGUAGCUUCUUUAUACUUGUUGGUCUCCUCCCCCCCCCCCCCCCCCCCACCUCGCCACAAACAUUGCUGGAUUCCGCUCUAAUUGAGCUCGUAAGAGUAGAAAAUAUAAAUUUACCAUUAUUGUAAAACAAUGCAUCUUUAUGAAUAAUAAAUCCCUCGUGAAAAAUGUGA